CCGCGCUCAGCCUCCCCCGCGCCGCCACCGAGGGUCCUGCCGCCCCGUCGCGCCCCAGGCCGGUGCCGGACCCCGCACCACGGCGCCCGCUGCCAGCCAGCGCCACCCGAGCCCUGAGCCCAGAGAGCCGCGCGUCCCGCAGACCCGGUUCUCUAGCUAGCACCUUCUCCCUUUCUGCCAUCGUUUUCUCCUCCUGCCGGACCUUCUUCUAACUCCUCAUCUCCCCAUCUCUCCAUCUCCCUCCCUUUUCUCCUUGUCCCCGGCCUCUCAUCCCCACCUGAGACCUUUCCUGUCUUUGGCACCUCUUCUUGCUUUCCGACUCCUCAGGCAGCGGUCCUACUCGAUCCUGGGGACUUAAUUGUGUUCCUCUCAGAGUCUUACUUUCUCCCGGCUCAUCCCGGGGUUGUCUGACCUUGGGGCCAGGAAGGAUGGUUCCCGGGGUGAGAAUCUUCUCCUCUUUGCUGGGACUCGUGAUGCUCUGGUUCCCCUUGGACUCGCAAGCCCGAGCCCGCCCAGGCAAAGUCUGCCUUUUCGGUGAGAAGAUCUAUACCCCCGGCCAGAGCUGGCACCCCUACCUGGAACCACAAGGCACGAUAUACUGUGUGCGAUGUACCUGCACUGAGAGCGGCCACGUGAAGUGUUACCGCCUCCGAUGUCCGCCCCUCCCCUGCUCGCAGCCUGUGAUGGAGCCACAGCAGUGCUGCCCCAGGUGUGUGGAUCCUCAUGCCCCCUCUGGGCUUCGGGCUCCCUUAAAAUCCUGCCAGCUCAAUGAGACCACAUACCAACAUGGAGAGGUCUUCAGUGCGCAGGAGCUGAUGCCCACCCGCCUGUCCAACCAGUGUGUCCUCUGUACCUGUAUUGAGGGCCACACUUACUGCGGUCUCAUGACCUGCCCCGAACCCGGCUGCCCCACCCCACUUCCUCUGCCUGACUCUUGCUGUCAGACCUUGAAAGACAGGACAAGUGAGAGUUCCACUGAAGCCUUGGCACAGUUACAGCCUGGAGAGAGACAGGAUCCACACUCGGAGGAGGGAAAGAGGAGAGGCCCCAGCCCCCCAGCCCCCACCAGCCUCAGCUCCCCUCUGGGCUUCAUCCCUCGCUACUUCCGGCCAAUGGGGACAGGCAGCACUACUAUCAAGAUUAUCCUGAAGGAGAAACACAUGAAGGCUUGCACCCACAAUGGGAAGACAUACUCCCAUGGGGAAGUGUGGCACCCUACUGUCCUCUCCUUCGGUCCCAUGCCCUGCAUCCUGUGCACGUGUGUGGACGGCGACCAGGACUGCCAUCGCGUCACCUGCCCCACCCAAUACCCCUGCAGUCAACCCAAGAAAGUGGCUGGGAAGUGCUGCAAGAUCUGCCCAGAGGAUGAGGCAGAUGCCGACCACACUGAGGUCAUUUCCACCAAGUGUCCCAAGGUCCCAGGCCAGGUCUCCGUGUACACAUUGGUAUCUCCAAGCCCAGAUGGCCUGCAUCGCUUUGUCCUGGAGCAUGAAGCCUCUGACCAGGUAGAGAUCUACAUCUGGAAGCUCGUGAAAGGAAUCUUCCACUUGGUUCAAAUCAAGAGAGUCAGGAAGCAAGAUUUCCAGAAAGAGGCCCAGAACUUCCGGCUGCUCACCGGCACCCAUGAAGGUUACUGGACCAUCUUCCUAGCCCAGACUCCAGAGCUGAGAGUCACAGCCAGCCCAGACAAAGUGACCAAGACAUUAUAACAAGGACCUAAACAAUUGAAGAUAUGAGCUUUAUUGUUUUUGUUAUUAUAUAUUAAUAAAGAAGUUGCAUUCUCCCCC